AUGCCGAAUAUUCGCGUUCUCUGUCGAGAUCAGCCCCAGCGUACGAUUGCGCUGGUCUCCUCGGACCAAGCUCUAGUGUUUCAUCACACAUCAACCGAUACCGCUGCGAAGGGGAGCCGCCGCUGUCAACUUGAGUUCACAGACUCGGAGUCUGUGGAUCUGGAAGACUACAGGCCAUUGGGAUAUGGACACGGCACCCUUGGCCUUGUUACUCUCAACGAAGAUGUAUUUGUCUGCGUCGUCACAAGCUCCUCGCAAGCUGCCACUGUGAAGCCUGGAGAAACCGUGUCCAAGAUUGACAAUGUAGGCUUCUAUUGUCUCAAUAGCUCAGAAUAUGAGUACGGCCUUGACUAUGAGGGCGGUUCUCAAUUCGCCGCCGAGGAGCGACUUGGCACGGAUGGGAAGGACGUGGUAACCGACCACCCUUUUCUGGCUCUGAAGAAGCUGCUUGGAGAUGGAAGUUUCUACUACAGUCUCGAUUUCAAUCUCACAGAUCGCUUGCAGGACCGGGCCGACAAAUCUGCCGCAUUCGACAUCGACAGCCUUGACGAAGACAUGCUUUGGAAUUCUUACAUGAUAAGCCCGCUUCUCCUCUUCCGAAGCCACUUACCGCCAGCCGACAGAGCCAAACUAGAUGCGUCUCAGAUGUUAACCUGUGUGAUUCGAGGUUUUGCCAGUACGCUCAAAAUUCCAGCCACUGUCCCAAUUCUCCCUCACGUGCGAACAAAUCUACCCUCCAUGUUGACGGUAAUAUCUCGACAAUCGUCUCGGCGUGCUGGCACGAGAUUCAACUCCAGAGGUAUCGAUGACGAUGGGCACGUCGCCAAUUUCGUGGAAACCGAGACUAUAUUGUGGGUUGCACCGGGAAUUGUGUUCUCGUAUGUUCAGGUCCGAGGCUCAGUGCCCAUUUUCUGGGAACAGGCCCCAGGUCUCAUUCCGGGACAACAAAAGAUCGAGGUCACGCGAUCGAGCGAGGCAACACAGCACGCAUUCAAUCAACACUUUGAAUCGCUGGAGCUUGAAUAUGGCGCCGUACAUGUCGUCAAUCUGCUGACCGAACUGAAGCCCGGGGAAGCUGAGUUGUCGGCCAAGUUUCGUCAGCAUAUCAGCAGAAGCUCGACUAGACAAAAAGAGGGUACAGGAACUUCACCGCGCCGUAGCCUGUUGAGAAUGACUGAAUAUGAUUUCCUCGCUGAGACGCGAGGCCCUUCGGGAUAUGAAGCGAGCUCUCAGAUUAAACACGAGCUUAUCAAUUCGUUGGACGGAUUUUCUUACUUUUUGUCCGAAGAUUCGAGUCGUCCUAAAAGCAGCCUCGAUGACAGAGACGACGCGGUGAACGGCUCUUCCGUCAUUUUGCAGCAAGAGGGUGUCUUUCGCACCAAUUGUCUGGAUUGCCUUGACAGAACAAACCUCGUCCAGACCAUUAUUAGUUCGAUGGCGUUUGAGUCAUUCCUAUCACAGCAAGGUGGCAGGCUCAGCUCAGACUUGCAGGUUCGGCACUCGACCAUCUGGGCCGACAAUGGCGAUGCUCUCUCAAAAAUUUAUGCCGGGACAGGAGCUCUCAAAUCCUCUUUUACACGACACGGAAAGAUGUCACUUGCAGGAGCGCUUGCAGAUGCCCGAAAGAGUGCCACUAGGCUUUACGUCAACAAUUUCACGGACAAGGCUCGACAAAGGACGAUUGAUCUGCUCUUGGGUAGACUAGCAAAUCAAGUGCCUGUGUAUCUUUAUGACCCGAUCAAUGAUCUGGUCGGGGAGGAGCUGAACCGCCGCGCUCUGGAAUACUCGUCGCGCGAACAAGUCCGAUUUUGGGUCGGUACCUUCAAUGUGAAUGGACGUAAUGAGGGCCCAGGCACAGAUCUCACACCGUGGCUGUUCCCAAAGUCAGAUGAGUCCUAUGAAGAUCCCGCGAUUUUCGUCGUAGGAUUUCAGGAAAUUGUCGCCCUGAGUCCUCAGCAAAUCAUGUCCACCGAUCCCAGUACCCGCAAAGUCUGGGAAAGGGCAGUUUACGAUUGUUUGAACGCACAUUCGAGAAUGAGAGGGACUGGGGGAUAUGUGCACCUGAGAAGUGGCCAGCUAGUCGGCGCUGCUAUUUUGCUUUACGUGAAAGUUGACGCGUUGAAAUAUAUCAAGAAUGUCGAAGGCAGCGUCAAGAAGACGGGCUUGUCUGGCAUUGCUGGCAAUAAGGGCGGCUGUGCUAUUCGCUUCGACUUUUCCAAUACGAGUGUCUGCUUCGUUACCGCCCAUCUUGCAGCCGGGUUUGCGAAUUAUGACGAAAGAAACAGAGAUUACGAGAUCAUUGAUCGAGGGCUGCGGUUUCAGAAGAACCGGUCAAUCGCUGACCAUGAUGCAGUGAUCUGGCUGGGGGAUUUCAACUACCGUAUCGGACUAAGCAACUCGAGCGCAAGAGAGCUUAUCCUGCAGCAGGACUAUCAAAGACUAUAUGACAAUGACCAAUUGAAUCUACAAAUGGUAGCAGGCAGAGUAUUCCAGUUCUAUUCAGAAGGGCCGAUCAACUUUCCACCCACUUACAAAUACGACGUCGGAAGAGACAAUUAUGACACAUCCGAGAAAGCGCGAAUCCCUGCAUGGUGCGACCGAGUCCUAUGGAGAGGGGCCAAUUUGCGCCAGACAAACUAUCAGACUGCAGAGUUGAGAGUAUCUGAUCACCGUCCAGUCUGGGCUACAUUUGAUUGUAUUAUCGACAUUGUCGAUCACGCACUAAAAGAGGCGCUUAGACGGUCAAUAUACGCGGAAAAGCAGGGCCAUGGCCAAACUUCCCUUGCAGACUCUACAUCUCUGUUGGAUCUGGAUGACGACGAGAUUCCUCCGCAGUUCUCGAUUGCACCUGGUCUACCACCGGCCAGCUCCGAUAGAAGCCGAUGGUGGUUGGACAAUGGCGCAUCGGUGAAAGCAACGGUUCAACCGCCAAAGGAAGGGCUCAUUGCAAAUACCCAGCGCAAGUCCAAUCCAUUCCUCGCAGACACCGACUGGGUAGCAAGCCCGAGUUCGGCGGAGGAUAAGAAAGCAGAUCCUGUUCCGGUCGUGGGGAAGCCCAUGCUACCCCCGCGGAAUGGGGCUUUUGAAUCACCAACGGCAUCCGAGCCAUCACAGGCAGUCGACCUUGGGAGAGUACCACCGGCUGUGCCUCGUAAGCCGCUAGCGCUAAGUUCCCAAACGAAUGGUGGGACCAUAACCCCCAGUGGUCAACACAUGUCAAGACAGGGUAGUCCAGGGAGUGGCGUGGCUGCUGGCGUGGACUCUACAGAUCUCCUCAGCGACUCGGCCAGAGAGCAUAUUGAUUGGAAGCCACUUCUUCAAUAA